CACACACACACACACACACACACACACACACACACGGAGUCAGCCCCUUAGUGGACACUCUCCUAACAGCGAUGCCCUGGUUCUGUUAAAUCCUUUGCCAUGAAUGAGGACCAAAAGGACCCCUGGUCAAAUUACACCGGUCUGAGGCUAGCUGGACCCGACUACAAAAAACCUGGUCAAAGCGCAGAGUCCCUUCUCCUCCACCCUCCGUCUUUUCCUUCCCACCGGGACAGCUCACCGCCACCUCUGCCGCCUCCCUUGGGAUUUCCUGACUCUGAGACAUCACCUACAUCACCGCCUUGAGGGUAUUUGAGGCCAGAGCUCCGGCUCUUCCUCAGCUGGGUUCUGCUCGCUGCUAGCCUGAACCUGUGGUCCUGAGGCUCACCAUCAUGGAUUCUCUGCUGGAAGCAAAUGGAACCUUUGCCUUAAACCUUUUGAAAAUACUGGGUGAAGACAGCUCCAAAAAUGUACUUUUCUCACCCUUGAGCAUCUCCUCAGCCCUGGUCAUGGUCCUCUUGGGGGCAAAGGGAACCACUGCAAGCCAGAUGCUUCAGGCUCUUUCUUUGGAUAAAUGCAGUUGCGAUGGAGGUGGAGAUGUCCACCAGGGCUUCCGGGCACUCCUCGCUGAAGUGAACAAGACUGGCACGCGGUACUUGCUCAGAACAGCCAACAGGCUCUAUGGGGAAAAGACUCUUGAUACCCGAGCUUCCUUUAAAGAUUCCUGCCGCAAGUUCUACGGAGCAGAGUUGGAAGAGCUGGACUUUAAGAGCGACACAGAGCAGUCCCGACAACACAUCAACACCUGGGUAGCCACAAAGACCGAAGAUAAAAUUACAAAGUUGCUGUCUCCGGGUACAGUGAAUUCAGACACUCUGCUGGUCCUUGUGAAUGCCAUCUACUUCAAAGGAAACUGGGAGAAGCAGUUCAACAAAGAGGACACCCGGGAAAUGCUUUUCAAAGUCACCGACAACGAGGAGAAACCCGUGCAGAUGAUGUUUAAGAAGUCUACCUUUAAGAUGGCUGACAUAGAAGAGAUAUCCACCACUAUUCUGAUGCUUCCCUAUGUCGGCAACGAGUUGAACAUGAUCAUCAUGCUUCCAGAGGAACAAGUUGGACUGAGAACAGUGGAAAAGGAAAUAACUUAUGAGAAACUCAAAGAGUGGACAAGUCUGGACAAGAUGGAUGAUGAAGAGGUGGAGGUUUUCCUCCCUCGGUUUAAACUGGAGGAGAACUAUGACAUGAAGGAUGUCCUGUGCAAGCUGGGAAUGACUGAUGCCUUUGAGCAGGGCACAGCAGACUUUUCAGGAAUAGCCUCUAAAGAAGGCUUGUUUCUGUCUGAGGUCAUUCACAAGUCCUUUGUGGAGGUCAAUGAGGAGGGCACCGAGGCUGCAGCUGCCACCACGGCCAAUAUAGGUUUUAGGUCUAUGCCCCACUACUUCUGUGCCGACCACCCUUUCCUUUUCUUCAUCCAGCACAGCGAGACCAAUGGGAUUGUGUUCUGUGGCCGGUUCUCCUCCCCUUGAGAAAGGAUGCUGGUGUGUGAGCCCACUGGGCCUCCCCCACCCCCAUGAUUUGUUUGUGGACAAUAAAUAAAUGCUGUGACAAGUUUGUGCUUACACACCCCUGUAAGCCGAGCACUUAGCAGAUGAAGGGUGAAAGGAUCAGAAUUCAAGCGGGGCCAACCUCAGCUAUAUAGCAAGUUCAAACCAAGCCUUUGCUACCCUAGACCCUUAAAAAUCAAAACAGAACUAAAGAAAAAUAGCUGCAUCUGGGUUCUUUAUGAAAAUGAAGUAUUUAGUUCACAGUCCUGGAAGCCACAGAACAUAAGUUGGGGCUUCUUUGCAGCUCAAGCGUGCAAGGGUGUUGAACAAGCAUGUGAGGUUCAGAUUAGCUAUGAACAAGCCAUUUCCAUAAGAAUCACUCCAGCCCCUUGACGUCUACCCUAAUCCUUUCCUAGACCAUGACCUUCAAGACUAAAGUGAUUUUACCGCCACGUGGGAGACUACACCAUCAUUCUGUAAAUCCUCGUGGGAUAAACGUCAUCCAAGUCAGCACCCUUCAUCUUCUGUAGCGCUCCUGGCAUUUUAAUUUUUUGGUUAUGUAGUAGUUUAUUUUUACAGUACUGGGGAUUUCUCAUGACGCUUUACACAGGCUAGACAAGUGCUCUAGUGCUCUACACUGAACAAUAGCUACAACCUCCUUUUUAAAAAAAUGUUUUGUUUUGUUUUGUUUUUUUCCUUUGAGAGAGGGUCUCACUGAGUUGCGUAGGCUGAACUUAAACUCUUUCUGUAGUUUAAGUACAUUUUCAACUUGAGACCUUUUCACCUCAGCUAACUGUGUAGCUAAGAUUACAGGUUUUUGCCACCAUGUCUAAUGUUCCCAGGAUUUUGUAAAGCAUUUGGGAGAAGGGGAUUCUGGGCAGAGCAACUGCUUUGCAAAAUGAUUCUACUACAGGGAGUGCCUUUGAGAUCUACAAGCCUGAGCUCCAUUUGCCAAGGGUUUACAAUAGUCCCUGGAUGUAACUGGUAGAACACUCAGGCCUCCAGAAAAGAGGGCAGCCCCAGACCUCUGCUGCCCAAGCCUGAGGCAGCCUUAAAUAGUAACUCUACGAUCUGGUGUCAUUUUGACUUCUACUACCCAACCCUGCAUCUGGAAGACUCCUAGCACUUAUACUAAUUGUGCUAAGACCUACUUAAUAACUACAUGUCAUAGAACCUUUCUUCCUUGCCCCAAUCCUACCAUGUACCCAGCUCUAAAAAUAAAUAAAUAAAUAAAUAUCCUA